CUGAAGAAGAUGGCGCUCAGUAACUUGGAACGGUGCGCUGUUCCAUUCUCUGUUGUCUGGUGUCUUUCAGUCUGUAUCUUCAUUGUUCUGUAUUGCCCUAUUGCACCAAUUACAGAGCCAUCGAUUGCGAGCGAGGAUGGACAGCCUCGUCAGAUCUUCUUUAUGAUUGACAGCGGGAUACGUGUCACCAGCCGUGUGGCGUGCGCUGUUGAGUCUGCCUCAAGACAUCAUCCAAACUGGACAGUGUACCUGAUGCGGUACACCAGGCCUCUCUUUCCAGGCUCCAACGUCUUCUCGCACGCCCUCAGGUCCUUGUCCAAUGUGCGUGCCAAAAUGAUAACCAUCGAAACCCACUUCAAGAACUCAAGCCUGACCUCGUGGCUUCGCCAGCGCCUGCACCAUCGCAGCUACAGAUUGCGCCUGUCCGACACCCUCAGCUUAAGUAUCCUUCACCAACACGGCGGCAUCUACCUGGACUUGGGCGUAGUGGUUCUCAAGCCCAUGGAUGGCCUUUCCAACUGUGUCGCAGUUUCCGGAGUGGAAACAAUCGAACACGGCGUGUUGGCUUUCUGGAAGUCGCAUCCGUUUCUCGAUGAAUGUGUUAACAAUAUUGUAUCAGAGCACACACCAGUCGAAUGGGACGGCAACACCGCAGACGUUUUGCGAAAAGCUCUGUUUCGGCGUUGCAAUGAGACGUCUGUUGCACACAUCACCGGGAAGACGUGCGGUGGAGUCAUGGUUCACAGUCAGGAGAAGUUUCUUCCUGUCGAUCAGAACACGUGGUAUAUUUUUUUUCGCAAGGCCAACGCAGAAGAAACAUGGAAAAGUCUAAGAGAUAGUUACUUAAUGUUUACCUAUUAUAUGAAGAGUCAAGGGGUUCCAGUCGAAGAAGGGUCUGCAUACGAACAGGCAGCAAAAAUGCACUGUCCCUUGACGUACAAUACUUCUAAGAGUUACUAUGGUGUAUUUUAAUCUACUUUUGUUUGAGAGUAUUAUAAAUAUUGCGAUUUGAUUGUU